AUGAAUGCCAGCGAAACCAUUUCCGCUGUUUUGUUUGGCCGUGAAGGUAAAAGUGUUGAUGGACACUGGCUAUGCAAUCACUUGUCAAUUUUUUUUUUUUUUAGUGCUAGUCUUACUUGCCAUAGUGGAUGGCAUCUCUACCAGGACUCUUGUUACAGUUAUGGAGAAGGGAAGGUCUCCUGGACCAAUGCCCAGGAAUUUUGCCGAACAUACGGUGGAAACCUGGCAGAGAUAGGGAGUGAUGACGAAGACACUUUUGUGAAGAAUAUGCUCACUACGAGGAAAGUCUACCAAGCUUGGAUCGGGGGGACUGAUAUCUUGCACGAAGGGCAUUGGGAGUGGAUCAGUACUGGGAACGACUUUAGCUCCUAUGCGAACUGGGCGCCCGGUCAACCUGACAAUUCUGGAUCUGCCGAAGACUGCAUGCAGUAUCAACAAUCUACAUCGGGUACUUAUAUCUGGAACGAUGCGUCCUGCAACAAUCUCUUCAAUUUUGUUUGCGAAGCAGA